UUGUCCCUCGCCGACUGCCGUACUAUUGCCAGUGAGGCGUUUCUGGCCGCCACCGAGUGUCCGGUGUGAAACAUGGAGGAGAAGUGCGCUUGUGAAACUGUUUGACCACAGCAAUGACCAAACACAGUCACUUACAUUUCGAGGACAGAAGAUUGCGAGACAGUGACGUUUAACCGACGGCACAGACAACACUGUCUUAACUUAUUUGGUGUGUUUUCUCGCUCUGUUACUGGGCUUUCAGUUGGCAUGGCUCGGUCGUAGCCAAUGUCUCCUCUUCUUUAACCUGUUUUACUGCGUCAGUGACCGCGAUGCGUUUCAACGAGAAAGAGCUGGUGUCUCUGAGCCGACAGCCCUCAGAGAUGGCAGCCGAGCUGGGGAUGCGAGGACACAAGAAAGGAGACGUUGUAAAGAAGAGGCUGGUGAAACUCGUCGUUAACUUCCUCUUUUACUUCCGAACUGAUGAGGAAGAGCCAAUUGGAGCAUUGCUGCUGGAGCAGUGUCGGGUGGAAAGGGAGGACAGCCAGAGCUUCUCUAUUGCAUUUCUGGAUGAAGCAGAGAGAAAAUAUCUUUUUGAGUGCGACUCAGAAGAGCAGUGUGGGGAGUGGGUAGACUCCAUUGUAAAGGCCAGUUACGAGUCCAUGAGGAAGAACCUGAUAUUCUAUCGAACUGAAAUCCACAGGCUAACUGGCAAGGAUCCCUUGGAGCAGUACGGUAUAUCAGAUGAAACUCGCUUCCAGGUCAACAACGGACUGCAACUCACGCCUAGAGAUACCUCUUCCCUGUAAACCAUCGACCCGUCCAGAUGUUCUUUUUUUUUUAGUCUGCCCUUCCAUUCCAACUUUUACUUCUCACUGACUUGACGAACAUGUUAUUACCAUAAGCACAGAUGCUUUUUAGAUCCUUACUGUUUUUAGUAGUGCUCUAGACUUACAGCAAAGUCCUUAUGUGCAGAUGUUAUAUCAGAGUAUCUGAGGCCAUGUAAAGUAAUGAAGAGGUAAUGCUGAUUAUUUCUUUUGUAUUAAUCAUUACAGGUAGCGGGCACUGACACUGUCUUAUCUACGGUUUCUGGGAUUUUACAUGCACAUGUUCUGUAUCAAUUUUAGACUUUGCCUUGGUUAAUUUGUUAGCUAUAAAAAAAACCUAUUUUAUACUGUAGACUGUUCCUACUAGACACACUUUCAGACAAUGUGAUUUUGAGUGUCUUCUUGUACAUGUAAUGUGCUGUAACUUUCUUUUAGUGUUGUUGAAAAUAUGAGCAUCAUUGGGUUUAACAAGAAUUUAUCCUGAACAUUGGAAUAAUGUUAAUCAACCUAAUAUACACUGUUCGUAGAAGCUGAUGAUUAUAUGAUACAGUGCCCAAUUGAGAAAACCUUCUGCAGCAUUUCCUGAGUAAUUUCAGCUGCAAGGGCUUUUGAUCUGCUGAGUUGAGCCAACUAUUUGACUAUUUUUUUUCUUGUGAGAGAAAUGUUUUAGCUAUCCCUAAUUGUAUUUAUCUUCUAGCCUUUUUUAGACUACCGCUAAUUAGUUUUGAAAACUAUACUUUUGCACAUAUAACUUUAAUGGGUAUUGAGGGUUUUUUGUUAUAAGAAUUUCAAUCAGUUACUUGAACCUACUGUACUUUUAUUCUUUGGCACUUUGAAUCAGAUUCCUUUAGAAAUGCUGUUGCAUUUAGUUACAUCAGAGUUUCAGCUAAUGGCUAUAUUUUACUGUCCUCAUUUAACUAUCUUUCAAAUUGUUAAAAAAUGGUCUGGAAUCUACCCUUAAAGAGGAUAUGUAAUUGAUUGUGUCUUUAUUUUAAAUUUCUACAUAUUGAAUGUGCUACGUCUGUUUUUACUUCAUGUUCGAUUCAAUUUGUUUCACUUGCAUCUUUUUUUUAUACCAAUAAAACAUUUGAAAUAUA